CCUCCCCCGCCAAAACCUUUUGCUGUUCUCAUAUUGUUCUAUACGCAAACGAAGAAUCCAGAUCGAUAUUUGAUACCCUAUAAGAUUCAAACACCCCAUAUUCUUCAACUAUUUCUUCAGCCUCAAAAUUCCCAGAUCUACACGUAUUCAAUUGUAGUAUUUUCUACUUGUUUCCGUCUGAUGGGUAGUCGUUACGAUCCCAAUCCAUUCGAGGAAGAAGAACUCAACCCAUUUGCGAAUCAAAGCCCUCAAGGGAGUGCAUCUGCUCAAUCAAAUUAUGCUGGAGGUGCAUUUUAUAUGCCAGCUGCUGGAAGUGUUCCACCUGCAACCUCAAGACUAUCACCACUUCCACCAGAGCCAGCUGGCUAUGACCGUGGUGCCACCAUUAAUAUCCCUCUUGAUCAGGAUUUCAGAAGUAAGGAGAAGGAACUAAAAGCUAAAGAGGCUGAACUGAAAAGGAGAGAACAGGAAUUAAAGAGGAAGGAGGAUGCUAUUGCACGAACUGGAAUUGUUCUUGAGGAAAAAAACUGGCCACCAUUUUUGCCUAUUAUUCAUCAUGACAUUCCAAAUGAAAUUCCUAUUCAUCUCCAAAAAAUACAGUAUGUUGCAUUCUCAACUUUUCUAGGUAUUGUGCUGUGCCUAGUAUGGAAUCUUGUAGCAGUGACCAUGGCCUGGAUUAAAGGGGAAGGUCCAACAAUUUGGUUUCUUGCUAUUAUCUAUUUAAUAGCAGGAGUUCCUGGGGCUUAUGUCAUGUGGUAUCGUCCUUUAUAUCGUGCUACAAGAACUGAUAGUGCUCUAAAGUUUGGAUGGUUUUUCUUGGCUUACAUGUUUCACAUUGCCUUUUGUGUAUUUGCUGCUGUUGCCCCUCCUAUUAUUUUCAAGGGAAAAUCUCUCACUGGGAUUUUACCAGCUCUCGAUGUGUUAACAUCUAAUGCUUUUGUUGGGAUCUUCUACUUGAUUGGAUUUGCAUUCUUUGCUCUUGAAUCAGUGAUGAGCAUUUGGGUCAUUCAGCAAGUUUACAUGUAUUUCCGGGGCAGUGGGAAAGCUGCAGAGAUGAAACGCGAGGCAGCAAAAUCGACUAUGAUGUCAGCAUUCUGACACUGUUAACACAGGCUUUUACAGCUAGCAACUAGUUUUUUUUAUUAAAUAUAUUUUUUGCACAAUUGGGAUACCAAAUGCUUAUAUAAUUGUAUGUUCGAGUGUCAUGAAACUCAUAGGAAAAUGAGUAAUGCAUUGUUUUUUUCUUUUUAAUUUUUUGAUUUUUUAAUCUGGU